CUGCUCUUCCUGGGCUGCCCAGAUGCCCCUGGGGUGGGACCAAGACUUAAAUGUGCCUUUCCCCUGCUGGAGGGUGUCCUGGCCAUUGGAGCAGACUCUGGUGGGGGCCUCUCCAUGGGGACACCUCCAGCAGACCCCAGAGGACCCCAGGGGGAAGAUGCUCCCUGCUCCCGCACUGCUCCAGCACAGAGCUUUUCAUGUGAUUUCAUGGCUUGCUGUAAAAUCUGCAGUUCAACGCCAGGACCCCACCUCAGGAGAAGCCAGCUGGCAGCCACAGCCACCGGGGAGACCGCAGCCUUCAUGUAUGGAAAGGCACGGUCCAGAAAACUGGGCUCUGUGUGUAGCUGAGCCCUCGGGAAGGGGGGAAGCCCAAAACGCUGUCUCCGUGCCAGGCUCCGCUCCUGCUGCCCGUACAGCCCCCGUGGCCAGCAGCUGCUGGCCCUGCCAAAAGCUGCUCCGGCUGCCCGCUGCCUCCACACAGCUCCUGCACCACGAGGAGGAGGAGGAGAAGGAGAAGAAGGAGGCUGAAGCAGAGCUGACAGGGAGGCCAUAGUUUGGGACCAUUGACUGAAGAUAUACCAAAAAACAGUUUUGUAUUAAGAGCAUCUCUGGCUUGUGAGUGACUCCCAGAUGCAGACAGGGCUGAAUUUUUAACAGGAGGUGGCUGUGAGACAGGGGAUUUUUGCAAACUUGCAUGAAAAGCUCCAAACCCUUCUCUGUGUCUCAAAACCUUAUCUGUUAACUGGCAGCUGCCCAUCCAACACCUGCUAUCACCAAAACCACCAGCGAUGGACUAAACGUCCUGGGAACUCACAAGCCUGAGAGAGGACAAGGACACGGCAGAAGGGGACCAGGGGCGACUGAGAGCGUGAAGACUUCUUGCUGCUCUGGAUUGAAACCAUAAACAUUUAAUCUGCUGCUCUUGAAAGUAUCAGGAGUCCGAGAUGAAUCCCACAAGCCAUUUUGUCGAAACAACAGAGUACGCCUAUGGAUACGAUGAAAACACUGCUCCAUGCAAUGAAGGAAACAGCUUUCACAGGUUUAAGUCCCUCCUCCUGCCCAUCCUUUACUGCCUCGUGUUUGUCUUCUGCCUUCUGGGAAACUCCUUGGUGCUUUGGGUUCUCCUGACCAGGAAGAAGCUGAUGACGAUGACUGAUGUCUGCCUGCUGAACCUCGCAGCCUCUGAUCUCCUCUUCGUUGUGCCUCUCCCUUUCCAAGCCCACUACGCUGCAGAGCAGUGGGUUUUUGGCAACGCUAUGUGCAAGAUAAUGGCUGGCAUUUAUUACACAGGUUUUUACAGCAGUAUUUUCUUUAUAACCCUCAUGAGCAUAGACAGGUACAUAGCAAUUGUCCAUGCCGUCUAUGCCAUGAAGAUUCGGACGACCUCCUGUGGCAUAAUUAUCAGUUUAGUCCUGUGGCUGGUGGCUGGCUUGGCUUCUGUGCCCAACAUCGUGUUCAACCAGCAGCUGGAAAUCGAGCAGUCUAUGCAGUGUGUCCCCACGUACCCCCCUGGCAGCAACACCUGGAAGGUUGCAUCUCAGUUUGCAGCCAAUAUCUUGGGCCUCUUGAUUCCCCUCAGCAUCCUCAUUUGCUGCUACGCCCAGAUACUGAAAAACCUGCAAAAGUGCAAAAAUCGGAACAAGAUCAAGGCAAUCAAGAUGAUUUUCAUCAUCGUCAUUGUUUUCUUCCUCUUCUGGACCCCCUUCAAUGUUGUGCUGUUCCUGGACACCCUGCAGAGCCUGCACAUCAUCAAUGACUGCCAGGCCAGCAACCGGAUCGCCCUGGCCCUGCAGCUGACGGAAACCAUUUCCUUCAUCCACUGCUGCCUCAACCCCGUGAUCUACGCCUUUGCUGGGGUGAUGUUCAAAGCCCACCUGAAAGGACUGCUUCAGUCCUGUGUCCGUGUCUUCUGGAGCCCUGCCAGGGGUCCUGGGGCCACUCAGUCAUCUUCAGUGCCCAGCCAGCUCUCUGCCUGCUCCGACAGCGCAGUGAUGAUCUGAGCCCACCCGAGAUCCCUUUCCCCCAAGCACCGCACAGCCCCUGGGGCUGCACCACGUGUGCAGUGUCCCCGCAGGGUGACCCAUGUGCCUGUGCUGCCUUUUGGGAUGUGCUGCCCGAUACGGCACAAUAAGCAGCAAUGUGAGCUUUCAAAGAGCACCAGUGUGUUUGUAAAAUGGUGAUCCUACACGCUUGUCACGUGGUGAUCUUUAAUUAGAUCACUUUUAAUACAUUUCAGCAAACAGGAUGCUUCCUCUCCUACUUGUUUUCUCCCUUGUUGAAAGCAUUGCUCCUGCCUCACUCCCAGCUAUGCUCUGCUUUGCAGAAGCUGCUCCCUGCAUGAAGCCCUGAGUCCCUGGGGCAGUCCCAACUGGCCCUGAGUCCCAAAUCCCUUGGAGAAGGGGACAGGUAUGGGAUGGAUUCACAUUGCAAAGAGGGGCUGGCGAUGGUCCCCCCUUUGCCUCCACUCCCAGAUGGAGAGGUCUUCUUGUGUGGGGGUCCAUCAGGUUGCUGAGGGACGCUGGGGCAUCUGCUGCCACCCAUAGCAGCCCUUGGUGGCCACGUCUUCAAGAACAGCAGAGCAGCACCUCCAGGUGCCCCCUGUAUCUGCCACACAGAGAAGCACAAACACUUGUGUAAGGUCCAUCGAAGCAGCCUCACCAUCUGUGUCCCCUCUGGAGGCGUGGGCCCUCCAACCCUGUGCCCCAGCAUUUGCUGUUCAGUGUAAAUAUCACAAAAUGGAACAUAGCACAUAGGCUCUAUCGCUCUUUUUUCCCCCCAUACAUUUUUUUCUGCCAUUUUAGAAAUGUUUCCUUUGAAUACAGGUAUUAAUUGCAUUUUUGUAUUUCUCAGCUCCUGAAAGGUUUUCUAAUGACUCCCAAGCUUAGAUGAAGCUAAUGAAAGGAUACUUUUACUGUUGUUUUUUUUUUGAACCGGUAUCCUGUAAAAUACAUCUAAUGGAAUUCAGAGGUGUCCUGCGUCUUUUCAGCAAAAGAAGUGAUGUCUCCAGCUCUCUGCUAAGGAAGAUUUGCUCUCAAAAUCCCAAUAAAAGUUCACUGUGGAAAAAACAGCAUUUAUGUUGAGGUCAUUUUUCUGUAAAUAAAAAUGUUAAAGUUAACCAAGAAGGCAUCUGAAACUGUGGGAAAAACACAGCCUGGGUAUUGUUAAAGACCGAAUUUUCUAAGCUACUAAAAUAUAUAUUCUGUUUAUUCAAUUGUAGCUUUCCUUCUGAAAA